AAAGACUGCCGUAUAGAGCUGUGUGACCUGAAGCCACACAAAGAGUCUUUCCCCUCCUUAAAUACCUCCUCUUCUUUAACUUCUUAUAUACAUAUAUAUGCACAAACAUGCUUCUUCCAUUUCUUAAACAGAAGUAAACAUAUUCAUAUUGAGGGAAAGAGAAAAAGAAACCUUGCUUUUGCUUUUCAAAUGGGAAGCUUCUUCAUCCUCCGUUGCUUCUUGUUAUUCUUCUUCUUCUUCUUCAACGGAGCAUUUGCAGCUUCAGGGAAGAUAUGGACCAGAACGGAGAUGGUGGAGAUGGCUGGCUACGGUGAACAAAAACUCUCCUCCGUGAUCAUCACCGGGUCUCUUCUCUGCGACGACACUUCACAUCCUCACCUUCACUCCAUCGCCAUUCCAGGUGCUACUGUUGCCAUCAAGUGCCACACUGGAUACAAGAAGAGAUCCAAGUGGAUUAAGGCUGUUACUGAUGACUUGGGAGAGUUUGAAAUCGAUCUUCCUUCCCAGCUCCACGCAAUUCCAGACAUGGAAAACAAAUGUUUCAUCAAGCCAGUACAUGUGCCUAAGCGCUAUAGAUGCUACCACAAUUCUACCAAUAUACACAAACGUAUCAAACUUGUUUCCUCUACCAACGGCUCCCGUGUCUACACCUCAGGGAAGAUCAGGUUACAGGGCCACAGUUCAAGAUCAUAGCAAGCUGCGUGAUAUCAACAUUCCAACAAAAGAUUUAAACAGAAACAGUAAAAUUCUUAAAAAGAUCCAUUUUGUAAAAAAAGACAUUUCUUUUGUUAUGGUCCUCGCUUGUUUAGCUGGCGCUUCAGUCACAGAACCGAGUCGAGUCUCUCUACAUUGUUUUUUAUGUUCCCACGGUGUAAUUAAGAGUUUGCGUCGCAUAUAUGUAAAGACUCUCAUGAUUUUGGUAAAACAGUAGUAUGAUCACAUUAGAAUA